CUCUACUUCACCUUCUACGUCGCCCGUCCCAUCCCAUCUCAUCCCAUCCUAUCCAUUCGACCAUCUCUCAUCACACGUUGUCCACGGCACAACAACGCAAAGCGCCGGUCCACUCCUUUGUCCUUUGUUCCCAUUUCCAAGUCACCCCGCUCGCAGCCAACUCCUGACUGCCAGGCGCAGUUCAUGAGGACAGAGCGGCUGCAGACAAAUACCAAAAUUCAUCUGUGUGGUUGAGACAACACGACGACAUCAUGGGGGUAGAGAGGUCACGGCCGACGCCACGGCUCUUUGGGAUGUCUUUGCGAAGUCUUACGUUGAGCAUCUUGACAGUUCAAUUUUCCGCCUUCAUUCUGAUUCUACAUUAUUCUCGAGUCAUGCCAACGCCCGAUGGCCAUCGCUACCUACCCUCCACCGCCGUAUUCCUUGUAGAGCUGGUUAAGCUCGCCGUAUGCCUGACAAUCUCACUCUACGAGAUUUCCCUGUCUGUCUCCCGAUCGGCACCGGCCACCUCGCUCCUCAGCACACUAGCGAGUGCCAUAUUUGCGGGGGACAGCUGGAAAAUGGCCAUCCCAGCCAGUCUUUAUACCCUGGCCAACAGUCUGCAAUAUGUCGGAAUCUCGAAUUUGGAUGCUGCUACUUUCCAUGUUACAUAUCAACUCAAGAUCUUUGUGACAGCUGUGCUCAGUGUGAUUCUUCUCCGGAGAUCAAUCACGGGGCGACAGUGGUUGUCGUUGAUUCUCCUAAUGGUAGGUGUUGCCAUCGUGUCACUACCACAGGGACCAGACCCUACUCUAGCAUCGAGCCACCACACGCGGGUAUACGUCCCACGGUCUGCGGAACCCGCACGUCAGCCACUCGGUUUCGGUGAAGCAGGCUCACACUUGCAAAAGAGGUCGGCUACAUACGAAGGGAUUGAAGAAGACCAGUGGGGUUUGGAUGAGCCUGCGAUGGACUCUUCCGUGGGCCUCCUGGCAGUUGUUGGUGUCUGUGUCUGCUCGGGCCUUGCUGGGGUUUACUUUGAAAAGACAAUCAAGGAGGCCCCCAAAGCCACCUCUCUGUGGAUCCGCAACGUCCAACUAUCCCUCUAUUCUCUGUUCCCCGCCUUCUUCAUAGGUAUCAUCUUCCUGGAUGGAGAAAGUGUGGCCAAAUUCGGCUUUUUUGCAGGCUACAACUGGAUUGUCAUCCUUUCAAUCUUGGUGCAAACGUUUGGCGGCAUUGUUGCAGCGUUCUGUAUCUUCUACGCAGACAAUGUCUCGAAAAAUUUCGCCGUGAGCAUCAGCAUGGUUCUGAGCAGUCUUGCGAGCUUGAUCUUUUUUGAUUUUGACGCAACCAACCAUUUUCUCCUUGGAGCGUUCAUGGUUCUUGCAGCAACGUGGCUUUACAACACGGAAGAAGCUCGUACUCAAUCGGUCCCACAUAUCAGACUGACGAACAAUGAUAAGAUGGCCAUUCCUUCCCCACCAGAGAUGAACGAUAUGUCGAUCCAGAUUCCCAAAACUCCUCUGAGUACACAAGAAACUGCGCUGGCCACGUCGCGACCGAGUUCCCCAUCCCAUAAGAAGCGAAAACCAGAGUCUGUUGGAUACUUCACGAAGCACCAUAAUUGAUACGCUAGGCCAUGCCCCCCUAUAUAACGAAACGAGCUCACGUCAGGAGAGAUGCAUAUAAUAGGAAAUUGUGACGGUUUAAUAGCCUUUUCAGCAACAGGCUUUCCCAUGAGUGCAAUUAUGCAGAUUCUGGGAACAUCACAUAGUGGCGAUUUGUUGGCAACGAGACUAGCCCAAGUACUUUCUAUGAGGCCAUCUCGUUGUUCGAGGUUAGUGUUCAACAAGGAUCACCAAAUGUCACCGUCUCUGUCACCCUCGGUGUUGACAGUCCAAUAUACAAAAGCAACGGCAAGAGCGACCCUGAGUUGCCCGACGUCCCUUCUUCAUCAAUACUUGCGGAACCAUUCUUUCCUCGUGAUAUAAUGGAGGCAUUUCCCUUCUCUUUCCCCCCAUCCGUGAGA